AUGGUUUCGCUGGAACAGCAAGAAAAAGUGGUGUUUCUGAAUUCACAAUACCAAGACAACAGCGAGUUGAUUUCGAGGAUGCAAGAAACGCUGUUGAAGGACAUCGUAUUGAUGAAAUUAACUGUCGAUGAAUUAAAUGACACAAAAGAGUACUUGAGAGAUAAAGCUGGUGCUGCUGCUGCUGCUGCCGUAGUAACUAUCUUUCGGUUCUUGAGAGAAUGCAAAUUCGACUUUGACCAAGCACACGCUCGACUAUUAGACACAAUUUUAUGGAGAGUCGAGUACAAGAUUGAUCACCUUACUUUCAAGGAUGCGAUUGAAUUUUUUGACCAAAACGGCUUUGUAUUCUUUCAUGGCACAGACAACACAGCCAGUCAUCCGCUUAUAUUUGUACAACUUCGCUAUUUCCCAAAGCAAUUCAAGCAGAAAAAAUCGCUGACUGAACAUAUUCGACCAUUUGCUUGCUUGAUCAUGGAGAUGGCAAGAAAGCUAACAUGGGAAAUGACAUGUGAUAAAGAAAACAAAGGAGAACCAAAUGCACUUGUGUCCAGAAUGACAGUACUUGUAAAUGUCGCAAAGGCUCCACUGAUCCCUAUCGAUGCUGAAUUGAUCAAAAUGAUGAGUGUCAUUCUAGACGAGAGGUUCCCGGGAUUUGUUAACAAUAUCAAUGUGCUGAAUUUCGGCUGGGUGUACCAAGGCGUUUGGUCUUUAUUGAAAUAUUUGCUGAGUGAAGAGGCGAAAGAGAGUAUACAUUUUACGACCAUCCGAGAGCUGCAGCCGAUUGUAUCAGAGGAUCGCAUUUUGAAGGAUAUGGGUGGCACUGACGAUUAUGUGUGGACCUUUGAUUCAGAUCAAGUGUUGCAGAAAUACGGCUGUGGCUAUGAGAAGCGCCGCCAAGAAGCCGAAGUAUUACCAAACACACCACCCUUAUCAACAGGAGAAGCAGAGGCAGAGGGAGUCAGAUCAAGAUCAAAUUCCGUUAGCAGUAUCAGUGAUGAAGGCGAUGAAUUUUUUGACGCCACUGAUGUAUUAUUACCGUCGCCACAACCUGUGCCAACCAUACCGCCACCAACCAUGCAUGAAUUACCGCCAUUGAUCGCCCCUAUCCGAUCCGAUAUUAUACCACCACCCUCGAUCUCAUCACCAUUCAAGUUACCCAUCACACCCACAACUACUACAUUGACAAGCUCAACUACUUUGCCUGGCACAUCCCUCCAUAACUCAAACUCUUAUUAUGGAAACCUCUCUUCCUGGGCUGGUUUGCGCAUGGGUGUCAACUUCUUAACUUCAUUCAUCGACACAAAACAGCAUAGACCGCUGAACAAAUCUACCGGGGGGCUACAUGCGCUUGAAGACGCAGAUAACUCAUCCGUGAUAGUGGUAGAACCAGCAGCACCAAAUACAGCCAUCAGUACAUCAGCGCUACUCACGAUUUCAGCAGAAGCUAGAGCGACUUCAGGUACAAUCAGUCAUUCCACAGGCCCAACAUUUGCAUUGGCCAGCAGCACCCAACGUGUACAGCGCAUUCAAGCAUUCUUCAAACGAUUGACGCAUCAGCUAUUGCAGCUAUCAUUUGGCCCUAACAAAGGUGUUGUUUACUGGGUUGUUCUGUAUCUUUUUCUAAGAGGCCCUGUGGAAACUCUGGUAAGGAAAUCCUUGUUACGAUCCACUUUGGUGGGCCCCAAAAAGAUAUCCACAACAACUAUUGGGAUCACAGCUGCGAUUGCCGCUGUUGUGAGUACAAGCGUAUCAAGUACACUCGAGAAAUUUAGAAAAUGA